CUUACCUGACCCCUCCCAUCUCCUGUUACACACACACACCACCUGCACAGGUGUUCUUCUCAGUGUGGUCACCAUGGCCCCUGCUACAGACAUCACUGUGCGGCUGCUGAAGGAUGAUAAUGCCACUUCUGUCAUGGGAAAAGUGACCCCCUAUCUGGGGCAGGACUACAGCAAGCUGCUGCGGGAGUGUCUGCAGCGAGGGCGUCUGUUUGAGGAUCCAUAUUUUCCUGCUGAGCCCAAAUCUCUGGGGUAUAACCAGUUAGGACCUUGGUCUACAGAUGCCAGAGGGAUUCAAUGGAAGAGACCUGAGGAGAUCUGCCAGAGUCCCCUGUUCGUCUGCGACAACAUAAAAUGGACAGAUGUAUGCCAGGGGAAGCUGGGUAACUGCUGGUUUCUGGCUGCUGUGGCAUCAUUGACCCUUUACCCCCUUCUCAUGCAGCGCGUGGUUCCUGCCCAGGCCAAGCAAUAUGCAGGAAUAUUCCAUUUUCAGUUCUGGCAGUAUGGCGAGUGGGUCGAUGUUGUGGUUGACGACCGUCUGCCCACGAAGAAUGGAGAGCUGGUGUUUGUCUCUUCCGCAGAGAAGAGGGAAUUCUGGCCGGCCCUGCUGGAAAAGGCGUAUGCCAAACUGAACGGGUCCUAUGAGGCUCUGAAUGGAGGCUUUGUGAAUGAAGCCUUUGUAGAUUUUACAGGAGGAGUGGAUGAAAGCGUGAACCUGAAAACUCCUCCUCUGAACCUAUAUAAGAUCAUCCAGACAGCCGUGGAGAAAAGGUCACUCAUGGGAGCCUCAAUAAAAAUCCUGAACCAGAAUGAGAGUGAAAUGAGGACCCCAGAAGGUUUGGUGAAAGGCCACGCAUACUCCAUUAUAGGCGUCUCAGAGGUGGAGUAUAAUGGGCGCAGAAUCCCACUGCUGCGGCUGCGGAAUCCAUGGGGGAGAGUGGAGUGGAAUGGGCGAUGGAGUGACAACUCCCCCAUGUGGUCACUACUGGACAAUGCACUUUUGGAGAAACUCCAUGUGAGUGGUGAAGAUGGUGAAUUCUGGAUGCAGAUGGAUGAUGUUUUGCGCUACUUUGACACCCUGGAAAUCUGUAAUUUGUCCCCGGACUCAGCUGGUACUGAUGCUCCCCAUUCAUGGAAUGCCAGCUCUUUCCAUGGGAGAUGGGUGAGAGGGCACAACGCCGGAGGCUGCCGAAAUAACAGAGGCUCGUUCUGGACCAACCCUCAGUUCUUGGUGACUAUAGAAGGGAAGGAUGAGGAACAUUUCUGCACCCUACUGGCUUCUCUCAUACAGAAGGAAGGACGGAAGGACAGAGCCAUCGGGAGGGACUUCCUGGCUAUCGGCUUUGAGGUCUACAAGGUGGCAAAACAGUUCAGCCCCAUGUCCUCAGUGUCUCAGAGGAUGGAAACUGCCUCCGGUCUGAUCCCCAUGAUCCUUACACCAUAUGUGGCCAAGCGAGAUGUCACUGCCCGCUAUGAGCUGCCCCCCGGACAGUACCUGAUCAUCCCCACCACCUACAUGCCCCAUGAGGAGUCUUCCUUUACCCUGAGGGUCUUCACAGAGACAGAGAACACACUCACGGAGGUUGACUGUGAGGUGAAAGUGAGAGGGCAGGUCUUCCAGGAGAGUGAGCUGCAGAUGAACAAGGAAGAGUUCAGCAGGCAUUUCCUACGGCUCUCUGGACAGGACCAGGAGAUGAGCCCUGAGGAAUUGCAGAGCAUCCUGUUAGAGGUCACUGCCAAAAAAACGCACCUGAAAACAGACGGGUUUUCCCUGGACACCUGCACCCAACUUCUAAGGAUUGCAGAUUUCAGUGGGACCGGGAAGCUUCAGCUGGAAGAAUUUAAAUAUCUUUGGAGCAAGAUUAAGGAAUGGGAGUACUUAUUCAUAAAACAUGACGGUGACAGAUCCGGAACAAUGGACAUACAGGAGCUGCGCCUAGUACUAGAAGUGGCUGGAUUUCAGCUGAACAACUCGCUGGUGGAGUCGCUGUGUAUGAAAUAUGGGAAUGACGUCAGGCAGGUGGAUUUUGACAGCUUCUUGUCCUGCCUGGCACACCUGGUUGGUGUAUUUGGGAAAUGUCGUAACAUGGACCAGAACAAAGAUGGCGUCAUUAGUCUUGGGGAACAGCAGGAGAUCUGCCAACAUCCCAAGUUCAUCUGUGAGGAUAUGAAAUGGACAGAUAUACGCCAGGGAGAGCUGGGUAAUUGCUGGUUUCUGGCUGCUGCGGCAUCUCUGACACUUUACCCCCUACUCAUGGAGCGCGUGGUUCCUCCCAGGCAGAGUUUUGAUAAGGAAUAUGCUGGACUGUUCCAUUUUCAGUUCUGGCAGUAUGGCGAGUGGGUUGAUGUUGUGGUUGACGACCGUCUGCCCACGAAGAAUGGAGAGCUGGUGUUUGUCUCUUCCGCAGAGAAGAGUGAAUUCUGGCCGGCCCUGCUGGAAAAGGCGUAUGCCAAGCUGAACGGGUCCUAUGAGGCUCUGAAUGGAGGAUGGGUGAAUGAAGCCUUUGUGGAUUUCACGGGAGGAGUGGAUGAAAGCGUGGACCUGAAAACUCCUCCUCCAAACCUAUAUAAGAUCAUCCAGACAGCCGUAGAGAAAAGGUCGCUCAUGGGAGCCUCAAUCAAUAUCCUGAACCAGAAUGAGAGUGAAAUGAGGACCCCAGAAGGUUUGGUGAAAGGCCACGCAUACUCCAUUAUAGGCGUCUCAGAGGUGGAGUAUAAUGGGCGCAGAAUCCUGCUGCUUCGGCUACGCAAUCCAUGGGGGAAAGUGGAGUGGAAUGGGCGAUGGAGUGACAACUCCCCCUUGUGGUCACAACUGGACAAUACUCUUUGGGAGAAACUUCAUGUAAAAGGUGAAGAUGGGGAAUUCUGGAUGCAGAUGGAUGAUUUUUUGCGCUACUUUGACACCCUGGAAAUCUGCAAUUUGUCCCCGGACUCAGCUGGUACUGAUGCUCCCCAGCCAUGGAAUGCCAGCUCUUUCCAUGGGAAAUGGGUGAGAGGGCACAACGCCGGAGGCUGCCGAAAUUACAGAGGCACGUUCUGGACAAACCCUCAGUUCUUGGUGACUUUGGAAGGAGGGGAUGAGAAAAGUUUUUGCACCCUACUGGCAUCUCUCCUACAGGAGGACAGGCGGAAAGGCAGAGCCAUCGGGAGGGACUUCCUGGUUAUCGGCUUUGAGGUCUACAAGGUGAAAUAUGGAUAAACAUUGAGUUUGAUAGAUCUUCACGUUUGCCAGGAACCUUUCUUUACCCUGACUUUGUGCCCUUUUUUUAUUGUCCUGUGCUACUGAUAUCCAAAUCUAAUGUGUCUGGAAAUAUUAUUAUUUUACAGGUGCCAAAACAGGUGAAUACAGUCCAAGAUAAUUGCCAGAAGCCUACUAUACCACGGUUCUCUUCCUUACUGACCUGCAUCUGUCUCACCCACACUCUCUCUCCAUAUGGUGUGCCAGUACAGUGAUUGGUCUGUCAGUGUACCGGUGAUUGUCUGAUCCCUACUAGGUUAUAGUGGAUGAUCUGUCUGUAUAUCGGAUGGUUGUCUGAUACCUACUAGGAUAUAGUGCAAAAUCUGUCUGUAUACUGGAUAAUUCAUUAUCGGAUCCCUUCUAGUGUAUAGUACAUGGGCUGUCAGUGUAUCGGGUGAUUGUCCGUUCCCUACUAGUGUAUAGUACAUGCGCUGUCAGUGUAUCGGGUGAUUGUCCGUUCCCUACUAGUGUAUAGUGCCUGAACUGUUGGGGUACUCUAGAGUAUGAUUGCCUGAUCGGGUGUGGUUCAUUGGGUCGACCACACUUAGGUCGACAGUGUCUAGGUCGCCCACUAUUAGCCGACAGUAACUAAGUCGACUCCCAAAAAUAGGUCGACACAAGCAUUAGGUCGACACGACAAGGUCGACAGGUCGCAAGGUCGACAUGAGGGUUUUUAAAAAGGAAAAUAGUGUAAUUGUCUUCAUAGAGUGACCGGGAACCCCAAUUAGUGCUCCAUGUCCCCUCGCACGGCUCGCUUUGUUCGCUAUGCUUCGGGCAAGGUGCCUCGCUGUGAUCAGCACAGGUUACCGGUCCCAAUUGUAGUCCAUGUGUAUUGUAAAGUAUAAAAAUGUAAAAAAAUGAAAAAAAUUGUAAAAAAAACUCAUGUCGACCUUUUGUCAUGUCGACCUAGUGACCAUGUCGACCUAAUGCAUGUUGACCAAUAGUGGUCAUCCUAGUGACUGUCGACCCAAGUGUGGUCGACCUAGAGACUGGAUACCGUCUGAUCCCUACUAGUGUAUAGUGCAUGGACUGUUAGGGUACUCUAGAGCACAGGUUCUCAAACUCGGUCCUCAGGACCCCACAUGGUGCAUGU